AUGUUCCAUUGUACGCGAUUGUACCCGACAAUCGCGCAUGCACGUGGGCGGAGCGACGCGUCGGCCUGCUAGGAUUGAUUGGACAGUGAUCAGCCACAUCAUUCACUACCCCUCCAACUUGACAGCACGCUACAAACCUCCGCCACUUUUCAGCCACUCCUAUCGUCAAUCUUACCCUCGAUCCUUCAAUUCAACUCUUACCUUCAACUAUCAUAUCUCAGCCCAACAUGUCCUACAGACGCAAGAAGAGUCUCCUCAUCGGCAUCAACUAUGUUGGCAGUAGCCACGAACUGAAGGGCUGCCAUUCCGAUGUAGACAACAUGGCUGAAUUCCUUUCCUACCGCGGCUACACUAACUCACACAAAGACCGUGUCAUCUUGACUGAUCGUCCUGAAGUGCCAUACGACUCACCCUACUUCCCUACAGGCCACAACCUUCUCGCAGCCAUGGAUUGGCUCGUCUCUGAACCUGGUUGCACGCUAUUUCUGCAUUAUUCAGGCCACGGCGGACAAAUUGCAGAUGUAGAUGGCAAUAGGACCACGGGUAUGGAUGCUUCGAUCGUUCCUGUGGAUUUCGAACAGCGGGGUCAGAUCUCCAGUACCAUUCUCCAUGAGCAUCUUGUUACCUAUAUGGCCCGUGACUGCACUCUCUUCGUCGUCAUGGACUGUUGUCACUCUGGUAGCGCACUCGAACUACCUUAUGUCUAUCGCUCCGAUAGCGACGGCCAGAUUAAUCUGAUGGACAACCUGAAAGCUGGGCUUAGGCUCGCCGACGAAGCUCGCGAUAUCAUCUCCGGUGGCUUCUCCUAUAGUAAAGUCGGCGAGGCGAAGGAGUUGCUUGCAGGUGCUAGCACCUUCUUUAAGGGCCUGAAACAUUUCGGGGAAGAAGAGGAGGAAGGCCUGGAAAGCGGAGAAUUUGCGGGACAGUAUGGGAGCGAACGGAAGAUGGUGACAAUGUUCUCUGGCUGUAGAGACGAUCAAACGAGUGCGGAUGCGCGCAUCGAAGGAGAGCCGACAGGUGCAAUGACAUGGGCAUUCUUGGAAAUGAUGAAGAGCGAUCAAAGCCCAAGUUAUGCUGAGACACUCAAGUUCAUAAGGAGGACGUUGGAUGAAAGUGACUACAAACAGAUUCCGCAGUUGAGUUCGGGAUUGGAUAUUGAUCUGGAUGAGAUGGCUUUGGUGCUUUGAUCUCAGAAUACAAUCAUCAGACAAUGAUUCUGCGCACGUAGACAAUCAACUAUAGAGGAAACUCCAGGGCUCGAACAAGCAGUUUUCCAAUUGAGUGUCUUGAACAUAGAUCGAGGCCUUCUUGUAGCAAACUUGGCAAUUGACGUAGCUUGUAUCACGC